GUAUUUAAGGCAUCAAUUUUAAAUUUAAGCAAUUUUUACUUUUGAUGCCUUAUUAAGUUUAAACUGAAAGAAACACUCGGUAUAUAGAUAUUGUAAUUGUCGAUCAUAGCGAAAGAUGGGGCGCUAAGUGACGUCCUCUCUUACGUCAGUUAAAUUUUGAAGAGGAUUGUGAACGGAGUGAAUCAAAAAUGGUAAGGGCAGCAGUUUGUUUUUGUUGUCUUUACAAGGAAAGAAUGUGAAUUCUAAAAAUAAGCUAAUGUCAUAAGACAAGUAAAUAAAAUUUUUCGAGCCAUGUUACAGCGACAACUUAGAUAUUAAGACAAACUGGUAAGGGCUAUAAGGCACAAUAGGUAGCAAAGGUAGAAAGUUCAGCACGAGGGGUGCAAUGACGAGGCCACCGAAUGAAAAUCUUCCCACAAUUAAACUCGUUGUAGUUGGAGAUGGAGGUGUUGGGAAAAGUGCCAUUACAAUACAGUUCUUUCAGAAAUUGUUUGUAACUGACUACGACCCAACUAUUGAGGACAGCUAUUUACAACAUGUAGAAGUAGAUGGACAGUGGUGUAUUUUAGAUGUGUUAGAUACUGCUGGUCAGGAAGAAUUCAGUGCUAUGAGAGAGCAAUAUAUGAGAAAGGGAGACGGAUUUCUUUUGGUUUAUUCUGUAACCGAUAAAAACAGUUAUGAGAAUAUUGUACAUUUUCAUACUCAAAUUCUCAGGGUAAAAGACAGGGACACUUACCCUAUGCUUCUGGUGGCCAACAAAGUAGAUUUAGUCCAUUUACGCAAAGUUACUGAAGAACAAGGUCGUGAACUCGCCAACAAACUGGGGAUACCUUACAUUGAAACUAGUGCUAAAGAUCCCCCUCUAAAUAUUGAUGCCUGCUUUCAUGAGGUUGUAAGAAUAAUACGAAAUCAACCACAAAUUGAUGAAAAGAAAAAGCGCAAGAAGCUACAAAAAUUCAAAUGUGUUCUUAUUUAACAAUGUUCAUGUAUGUGAUGUUUUAUUUGUGAUUAGUUGUAGAUAUGGCUGUUAUGUAACACAAAGAAAAUCGGUUUAGUUGGCAGUUUUUUACAAAGCGCAUAUUUAUCUAGUUUUGAAAAUCAAUUUUAUACCAAACUUUAAAACAUUUACAAAACUGUUACUAUUCAUAUAGUUUUUCUAGUUCUGUUGUUUAAGGCUAUGGAUGUUGUUUUUCUUACAGCACACCAUAAAACAAACGAUAGUAACGUAAUAGUAAGGCAAAAUUAUUAAUUUUAACAUUAUUAAUACUAAUUUGUAAUGGAGCACUUAAAUGUGAUUAAAGUCCCUCUUUCUUUCUUAAACUAAUGAAUAACGUUUGAUAUAAUCAUUAUCUAUUUUUUUUAAUUAAAAUAUAACAGAAUGAAUGAAAUUUGAUUUUUGUAACUUCAAUUUUGCAGAAUAAUAUACGGCAGCUUUAAAUGCGUUUGAUAACGGCUCAAUAAUUGCCCACUUAUAUCAAUCAAUUAGUUUUGAAAUAUAUAUUUGUGAUACCUUCAGUUUCAAGACAUUCAUUAAGAAUUAAAGUAAUUUAAGUAAAGUAGAUUUUUGUAUUUAUUCUUAUAUAGCCUUAAUGUUACAUUACAUUUUGAAUUAAUUUUUUUUCUUGACGAGCUGGACAAUAAACAAUGAGUUGCACGACAUACGUUGACAAGAGCAUAUUUGAUAUUUUUAAUUUUAUAUAUUUAAUGUUUUAUAUAUGUGAUGCUUUUUAAAUGUCAAUAAAAGUGUUGAUAUCACUGUUA